AUGGCUCGCGUAAACCCCACCGGCUUCGACAUGAAGACCUUCAAAGCCGCCGCACAUCCCCGAUCUUCCUGGGCAAAGAAGGAUCCAUGGGCGCGAUACGAAGCAUGGCGAUACACAGGUCCAUUUUCGCGGUGGAACCGAUUUAAAACUGGAUUUCCUGGACUGGGAAUAGCCACCGUUGCGUUUGCUGCAUACUGUGGCUACGAAUGGGCGUUCCUCACCCCCAAGCAUCAGGAGGAAGGUCACCAUUAG